AUGUUGUUAUUUGUAGGUAUGGACCUGUCAACUCAGAAACCACUCGCAUUUCUAACAAUUUUUGUUAUUCUUAUGGCUUGGUUACCAUCAAGAUACUGGUUAUACAUGGCUGUUACUUACAUUCUUUAUCGUAUUUCUAAUUCAAAACCAUUCCAUCUUGUUUGCUCCACAGUGACGAGGGAUUUAAGAGGACUAUGCUUACUGGUCAGGGUACAGUUUCGAAUUCGAAUGCAACUGUAUUUAAACAGACCGCUUCAUAAAAUUUUCCUGGAAGUAUUGAAGAAGCAUCCUGAAAAAACUGCCAUUAUUGAAAUAGAUACACAACGAAGCCUCACUUUCUUGGAGCUGAAUAACUGUUGCAAUCAAUAUGCGAAUUUUUUCCAGUCGGAGCAGCAUGAUUCAGGAGAUGUUGUUGCCUUGUUUUUGGAAAAUGGAGCCGACUUUGUUGCUUUAUGGGUGGGUUUGAGUAAAAUAGGCGUAAUUACAGCAUGGAUUAACUCACACUUAAAGUUAGAACCAUUAGCACAUUCGAUUACAGUGGCGAAAGCCAAAUCUAUUGUUACCAGCAAAGCUCUUUUUCCAGUUCUAUCAGAAGCUGUUGGAAAAAAUCUUAUUAGCGGUUGCAAAGUUUAUGUAAUUGAUGAAGAUUCAGCAUUUAAAGGCCAGUAUAUACCUGUUAAGGAACAAAUAAGUAAUUGUUCAGUGGAAGAACCGGUUUCGGUCUUAUGCUUUAUUUAUACUUCGGGUACCACGGGUAAUCCAAAGCCUGCUGUUAUAAAGCAUUUUAGGUAUUACUGGAUGGCCAUGGGAGUUAGUGAAUCAUUUAGGAUUUGUUCUAAUGAUAUUCUGUAUAUUACAAUGCCGGAAUACCAUAGUGCAGCUGGAAUAUUGGGUGUUGGACAAACUGUUCUCCAGGGUUGUACUUCUGUAGUUCGAAAGCGUUUCUCAGCCAGCAGUUUUUGGAAAGACUGUGUGACGCAUGGUUGUACUGUUAGUCAAUACAUUGGAGAAAUUUGCAGGUACCUUUUAGCUCAGAAGACAGUACCAGAAGAAAAGGAACACAGAGUUCGACUUAUGUUUGGAAAUGGGCUUAGGCCGGAACUUUGGAGCGAAUUUGUGUCUAGAUUUGGGAUUUCAAGGAUAGGAGAAUUAUACGGUAGCACCGAAGGGAACUCGAAUAUAGUGAACCUUGACAAUCAUAUUGGUGCUUGUGGUUUUUUCCCGAUAUAUCCUGGUCUCACUGCUCUCUAUCCUUUGAGGCUGAUAAAAGUAGAUGAAGAAACUGGCGAGUUCAUUCGGGAUAAAGAUGGCCUGUGUGUUCCUUGCCGGCCUGGCGAGUUAGGAGAGGUUGUAGGUGUCAUUCGAAAUCAGGAUAUCUUAUUGAGAUUUGAAGGUUACGUUGAUAAAGAAGACACUGCUAAAAAAAUUAUUCGAAAUGUUUUUAAAAAAGGAGACGCGGUGUUCACUUCGGGGGAUUUGAUAUUUUGGGAUGAAUAUGGGUACUUUUUUUUCAAGGAUAGGAGAGGAGACACUUUCAGGUGGAAGGGAGAAAACGUGAGCACCACUGAAGUUGAAAGUGUAUUUACUCCUCUUAAAUCGGUCGCUGAUGUUGCGGUUUAUGGGGUUCGCAUUCCUGGUCAUGAAGGACGUGCUGGUAUGGCUGCCAUAGUACUUAAGGGCGACGUUGAUCUGGAAUUUUCUAUAAAUGUUUUACGUAGUCUUCCGUCUUAUGGAAUUCCAGUUUUCAUUCGCAUCUGUCAGGAAUUUGAUCGCACAGGUACCUUCAAAUUGAAGAAGAUGCAGCUUCAGAGAGAGGGUUACGAUCUAGAAACUUGCAAGGGCGAUAAUAUAUUUUUCUGGGAUACCUCAUUCAAGAAAUAUAAGUUAGUUCAUAUAACUUGCGUUUCACUUCUUGACUGA